GGCGGGUAGAGCCAGGGCCCGACCAAGAGAGCCGGCGAGGAGGCGGCCCCGUUGCGCUGGACGCCCUGAGCCGCCCCCGCCGCCAUGUCGGGCACCGUGUCCAUCCUGCAGCAGUUCGCCAACGGCCUGAAGAGCCGCAGCGAGGAGACGCGGGCCAAAGCGGCCAAGGACUUGCAGCACUAUGUCACCAUGGAGCUGCGCGAGAUGAGCCAGGAGGAAUCGACCCGCUUCUAUGACCAGCUGAAUCACCACAUAUUUGAGCUGGUCUCUAGCUCCGACACCAACGAGAAGAAGGGGGGCAUCCUGGCGAUAGCAAGUCUUAUUGGCGUUGAGGGAGGCAAUGCCACCCGCAUCGGCAGGUUUGCCAACUACCUUCGGAACCUGCUCCCCUCCAAUGACCCUGUUGUCAUGGAGAUGGCAUCCAAGGCUAUCGGGCGCCUUGCAAUGACGGGAGACACCUUCACAGCAGAAUAUGUGGAGUUUGAGGUGAAACGGGCUCUGGAGUGGCUGGGAGCUGAUAGGAAUGAAGGUCGAAGGCAUGCAGCAGUUCUCGUUCUGCGUGAACUGGCCAUCAGCGUGCCUACCUUCUUUUUCCAGCAAGUGCAGCCAUUCUUUGAUAAUAUCUUUGUGGCCGUGUGGGACCCCAAACAGGCCAUCCGAGAGGGAGCUGUCUCUGCCUUACGUGCCUGCCUCAUUCUCACCACCCAGCGGGAGCCAAAAGAGAUGCAGAAGCCCCAGUGGUACAGACACACAUAUGAAGAGGCUGAGAGAGGUUUUGAUGAGACUUUGGCCAAGGAAAAGGGUAUGAAUCGUGACGACCGAAUCCAUGGUGCCUUACUGAUCCUCAAUGAGUUAGUGAGGAUCAGCAGCAUGGAAGGAGAGCGCCUCAGGGAAGAGAUGGAGGAGAUCACACAGCAACAGAUGGUGCAUGACAAGUACUGCAAAGACCUGAUGGGCUUUGGUACGAAGCCUCGCCACAUCACCCCAUUCACCAGCUUCCAGUCUUUGCAGCCCUCCCAAUCGAAUGCCUUUGCUGGACUGCUGGGAUACAGUGCCCACCAGGGAAUCAUGGGAUUCGGAGCCUCACCUGUCCCAGCAAAGUCAACCUUGGUAGAGAGCCGAUGUUGCCGGGAUCUCAUGGAGGAAAAGUUUGAUCAGGUAUGCCAGUGGGUUUUGAAAUGCAGAACCAGCAAGAACUCCCUGAUCCAGAUGACAGUACUCAACUUACUGCCCCGGUUGGCUGCUUUCCGGCCUUCUGCAUUCACAGCUGACCAGUACCUUCCAGAUACCAUGAACCAUGUCCUAAGCUGUGUGAAGAAAGAGAAGGAGCGAACAGCAGCCUUCCAGGCCUUGGGACUGCUUUCUGUGGCUGUGAGGUCUGAGUUUCAGGCCUACUUGCCCAAGGUUCUUGAAAUCAUCAAAGCAGCUCUUCCACCAAAGGACUUUGCCCACAAGAGACAGAAGUCCAUGCAGGUUGAUGCCACCGUCUUCACCUGCAUCAGUAUGCUGGCACGAGCUAUGGGGCCCAGCAUCCAGCAGGACAUCAAAGAGCUACUGGAACCCAUGCUGGCUGUAGGACUGAGCCCUGCUCUGACUGCUGUGCUCUAUGACUUGAGCCGUCAGAUCCCCCAGCUGAAGAAGGACAUCCAGGAUGGGCUGCUGAAAAUGCUGUCCCUUGUUCUAAUGCACAAACCCCUGCGGCACCCAGGCAUGCCCAAAGGCAUUGCCCAUCAGCUGGCAUCACCCAGCCUCACCAACAUCCCCGAGGCCAGUGAUGUGGGCAGCAUCACCCUUGCCUUGCGCACAUUGGGCAGCUUUGAGUUUGAAGGUCAUUCCCUGACCCAGUUUGUUCGACACUGUGCGGACCAUUUCCUGAACAGUGAACACAAAGAGAUCCGGAUGGAGGCAGCCCGCACCUGCUCCCGCCUGCUUACACCCUCCAUCCACCUAAUCAGCGGACAUGCCCAUGUGGUCAGCCAGACAGCAGUGCAGGUGGUGGCAGAUGUUCUCAGCAAACUGCUUGUGGUUGGAAUAACAGACCCAGACCCCGAUAUCCGCUUCUGCGUGCUGGCCUCCCUGGAUGAGCGGUUUGAUGCACAUCUUGCUCAGGCAGAGAACUUGCAGGCUCUCUUUGUGGCCCUCAACGACCAGGUGUUUGAAAUCCGAGAGCUGGCCAUCUGCACCGUGGGCCGGCUGAGCAGCAUGAACCCUGCCUUUGUCAUGCCUUUUCUGCGCAAGAUGUUAAUCCAGAUCCUAACAGAGCUGGAACACAGUGGAGUUGGGAGGAUUAAAGAACAGAGUGCCAGGAUGUUGGGUCACUUGGUCUCCAAUGCCCCACGUCUCAUUCGCCCAUACAUGGAGCCCAUCCUUAAGGCACUGAUUGUGAAACUGAAAGAUCCGGAUCCGGAUCCAAACCCAGGAGUGAUUAACAAUGUCCUGGCUACCAUAGGGGAGCUUGCACAGGUCAGUGGGCUGGAGAUGAGGAAAUGGGUGGAUGAGCUCUUCAUCAUCAUCAUGGACAUGCUCCAGGACUCCUCUUUGCUGGCUAAAAGACAGGUGGCUCUCUGGACGCUGGGGCAGCUGGUGGCCAGUACUGGUUAUGUGGUGGAGCCCUACAGGAAAUACCCAACUCUGCUGGAGGUGCUGCUGAAUUUUCUGAAGACUGAGCAGAACCAGGGUACCCGGAGAGAGGCUAUCCGUGUGCUGGGUCUGUUGGGAGCUUUGGACCCAUACAAGCACAAAGUGAACAUUGGCAUGAUUGACCAGUCACGUGAUGCUUCGGCUGUCAGCCUGUCAGAGUCUAAAUCCAGUCAAGAUUCUUCUGAUUACAGUACCAGUGAGAUGUUGGUGAACAUGGGGAACCUCCCACUGGAUGAAUUUUAUCCUGCUGUCUCCAUGGUAGCAUUGAUGCGAAUCUUCCGAGAUCAGUCCUUGUCCCAGCACCAUACAAUGGUCGUCCAAGCCAUCACCUUCAUCUUCAAGUCCCUUGGGCUGAAGUGUGUGCAGUUCCUACCCCAGGUCAUGCCAACAUUCCUCAAUGUAAUCCGGGUUUGUGAUGGUGCUAUCCGAGAGGUAAAAGAAGAUGGUGAAAGUGUACUGGGGAGAAGAGCUGAGUUCCUGUUCCAGCAACUUGGAAUGCUGGUAUCCUUUGUGAGAAGUCACAUUCGACCCUAUAUGGAUGAAAUUGUCACCCUUAUGAGAGACUUCUGGGUCAUGAACAACUCAAUACAGAGCACAAUCAUCCUGCUUAUUGAACAAAUUGUGGUGGCUCUAGGGGGCGAGUUCAAACUCUACCUGCCACAGCUCAUUCCUCACAUGUUACGAGUUUUCAUGCAUGACAGCAGCCCAAGUCGCAACGUGUCUGUCAAGUUGCUGAAUGCAAUCCAGCUGUUUGGCGCCAACUUGGAUGACUACCUGCACUUGCUACUACCUCCCAUUGUAAAGCUGUUUGAUGCCCCAGACGUCCCAAUACCGCCUCGGAAAGCUGCUCUAGAGACUGUGGACCGCCUGACAGAGUCUCUGGAUUUCACUGAUUAUGCUUCAAGAAUUAUUCAUCCUAUUGUGCGCACACUAGAUCAGAGCCCUGAGCUACGGACACCGGCUAUGGAUACUCUGUCCUCUCUGGUCUUUCAGCUAGGGAAGAAGUACCAGAUUUUUAUCCCAAUGGUGAACAAGGUCUUGGUGCGUCACAGGAUAAAUCAUCAGCGGUAUGAUGUUCUCAUCUGCAGGAUUGUGAAGGGCUACACACUUGCUGAUGAAGAGGAGGAUCCUUUGAUUUAUCAGCACCGAAUGCUGAGAAGCAACCAGGGAGAGACACUAGCUAGUGGCCCUGUAGAAACGGGUCCAAUGAAAAAACUGCACGUCAGCACCAUUAACCUGCAGAAGGCUUGGGGAGCUGCAAGAAGAGUCUCCAAAGAUGACUGGCUAGAAUGGCUCAGACGGUUAAGCUUGGAGCUGCUGAAAGAUUCCUCAUCACCAUCCCUGCGCUCUUGCUGGGCCCUGGCUCAAGCCUACAACCCUAUGGCCAGAGAUCUCUUCAAUGCUGCCUUUGUUUCAUGCUGGUCUGAGCUGAAUGAAGAUCAGCAGGACGAGUUGAUCCGAAGCAUCGAGUUGGCCCUGACUUCUCAGGACAUUGCAGAAGUCACUCAAACACUCCUGAACUUGGCAGAAUUCAUGGAGCACAGUGACAAGGGUCCUCUGCCAUUGCGAGAUGAUAAUGGCAUUGUUCUGCUGGGGGAAAGAGCUGCCAAAUGCCGAGCAUAUGCCAAAGCCUUGCACUACAAGGAGCUGGAGUUUCAAAAAGGUCCCACCCCUGCCAUCCUGGAGUCUCUUAUCAGUAUUAACAACAAACUACAACAGCCAGAGGCAGCAGCAGGAGUGCUGGAGUAUGCCAUGAAACACUUUGGAGAGCUGGAAAUCCAAGCUACCUGGUAUGAGAAGCUCCAUGAGUGGGAGGAUGCACUUGUGGCUUAUGACAAAAAGAUGGACACAAACAAGGAUGAUCCUGAGCUAAUGUUGGGACGUAUGCGUUGCCUGGAGGCUCUUGGUGAAUGGGGCCAACUUCAUCAGCAGUGCUGUGAGAAGUGGACACAAGUGAAUGAUGAAACUCAAGCUAAGAUGGCUAGGAUGGCUGCUGCUGCUGCCUGGGGUUUAGGUCAGUGGGACAGCAUGGAGGAAUAUACCUGUAUGAUCCCAAGGGACACCCAUGAUGGGGCCUUCUACAGGGCUGUACUGGCACUUCAUCAGGAUCUCUUUUCAUUAGCCCAGCAGUGCAUCGACAAAGCCAGAGACCUGUUGGAUGCUGAGCUGACUGCCAUGGCAGGAGAGAGCUACAGUCGGGCCUAUGGGGCUAUGGUAUCCUGCCAGAUGCUGUCGGAGCUGGAAGAGGUUAUCCAGUAUAAACUUGUCCCAGAACGGCGCGAGAUCAUCCGCCAGAUAUGGUGGGAGAGACUGCAGGGCUGCCAGCGGAUUGUGGAGGACUGGCAGAGAAUUCUUAUGGUUCGGUCCCUUGUGGUCAGUCCUCAUGAGGACAUGAGGACUUGGCUCAAGUACGCCAGUCUGUGUGGCAAGAGUGGAAGACUGGCUUUGGCCCACAAGACAUUGGUGCUACUUCUUGGAGUAGAUCCAUCUCGACAGUUAGACCACCCUUUGCCAACGGUUCAUCCCCAAGUGACCUAUGCGUAUAUGAAACACAUGUGGAAGAGCGCUCGUAAGAUUGAUGCAUUCCAGCACAUGCAGCAUUUUGUGCAGACAAUGCAGCAACAGGCACAACAUGCUAUUGCAACUGAGGACCAGCAGCACAAGCAGGAGCUGCACAAGCUUAUGGCACGGUGUUUCCUGAAACUGGGAGAGUGGCAGCUUAACCUACAAGGCAUCAAUGAAAGCACCAUCCCCAAAGUCUUGCAGUACUACAGUGCUGCCACUGAGCACGACCGCAACUGGUACAAGGCCUGGCAUGCCUGGGCAGUGAUGAACUUUGAGGCUGUGCUUCACUACAAACAUCAGAACCAGGCCAGAGACGAAAAGAAGAAACUGCGUCACGCCAGCGGAACCAGCAUCACCAGUGCCAACACAGAAGGCAGCAACAGUGAGAGCGAAGCAGAGAGCACAGAGAAUAGUCCCAUCCCAUCUCCUGUGCAAAAGAAAGUCACUGAGGAUUUAUCCAAAACCCUCCUGAUGUACACAGUCCCUGCUGUCCAGGGUUUCUUCCGAUCCAUUUCUUUGUCCCGAGGCAACAACCUACAAGACACGCUCAGAGUCCUUACCCUUUGGUUUGACUAUGGCCACUGGCCUGAUGUAAAUGAAGCUCUGGUUGAAGGAGUCAAAGCAAUCCAAAUAGAUACUUGGCUUCAGGUUAUCCCUCAGCUCAUUGCAAGAAUUGAUACCCCACGGCCAUUAGUGGGACGCCUUAUUCACCAGCUCCUCACGGAUAUUGGGAGAUACCACCCUCAGGCUUUGAUCUACCCCUUGACUGUGGCUUCUAAGUCCACCACCACUGCUCGCCACAACGCUGCCAAUAAAAUCCUGAAAAACAUGUGCGAGCACAGUAGCACACUGGUACAGCAGGCAAUGAUGGUGAGCGAAGAGCUCAUCCGUGUGGCCAUCCUGUGGCAUGAGAUGUGGCAUGAGGGGCUGGAAGAGGCAUCCCGUCUGUACUUUGGAGAGAGGAAUGUGAAAGGCAUGUUUGAAGUGCUGGAGCCUCUUCAUGCUAUGAUGGAACGUGGCCCUCAGACGUUAAAGGAAACAUCCUUCAAUCAGGCAUAUGGCAGAGACUUAAUGGAGGCUCAGGAAUGGUGCAGAAAAUACAUGAAAUCUGGAAAUGUCAAGGACCUCACCCAGGCCUGGGACCUCUAUUACCAUGUAUUCAGGCGCAUCUCGAAGCAGCUGCCUCAGGUGGGGGGAGAGCUCACUUCCUUGGAACUACAAUAUGUGUCACCAAAGCUUCUAAUGUGCCGGGACUUGGAAUUAGCAGUACCAGGGACGUAUGAUCCCAACCAGCCAAUUAUCCGCAUUCAGUCCAUUGCACCAUCCUUGCAAGUAAUCACAUCCAAGCAGAGGCCCAGGAAGUUAACGUUAAUGGGAAGCAAUGGGCAUGAGUUCGUAUUCCUUCUGAAGGGCCAUGAGGAUCUCCGCCAGGAUGAAAGAGUGAUGCAGCUCUUUGGACUGGUCAACACUUUGCUGGCCAAUGACCCAACUUCCCUUCGUAAAAAUCUCAGCAUCCAGAGAUAUGCUGUUAUUCCGCUGUCUACAAACUCUGGGCUGAUUGGCUGGGUUCCCCACUGUGACACUUUGCACGCACUCAUCCGAGACUACCGGGAGAAGAAGAAGAUCCUUCUCAACAUCGAACAUCGCAUCAUGCUAAGGAUGGCUCCAGAUUAUGACCACCUGACCUUGAUGCAGAAAGUGGAGGUGUUUGAACACGCUGUCAAUAACACAGCUGGGGAUGAUCUUGCCAAGCUGCUGUGGCUGAAAAGCCCAAGCUCUGAGGUGUGGUUUGACAGAAGAACAAAUUAUACGCGCUCACUUGCUGUGAUGUCAAUGGUUGGGUACAUCUUGGGGCUUGGGGACAGGCACCCUUCCAACCUGAUGCUAGACAGGCUCAGUGGAAAGAUUCUGCAUAUUGACUUUGGGGACUGUUUUGAGGUUGCAAUGACAAGAGAAAAGUUUCCUGAGAAGAUCCCAUUUAGGCUAACAAGGAUGUUGACAAAUGCAAUGGAGGUGACUGGCUUAGAUGGUAAUUACAGAAUCACGUGUCACACUGUGAUGGAAGUCCUGCGAGAACAUAAAGACAGUGUCAUGGCUGUGCUAGAAGCCUUUGUGUAUGACCCGUUACUGAAUUGGAGGUUGAUGGACACAAAUACAAAAGGCAAUAAGAGAUCACGAACAAGAACAGACUCCUACUCAGCCAGUCAGUCAGUCGAAAUGCUGGACAGUGUGGAGCUGGGCGAAACAGCCCACAAGAAAACAGGGACCACAGUGCCUGAAUCCAUCCACUCCUUUAUAGGGGAUGGUUUAGUGAAACCUGAGGCUCUAAAUAAGAAGGCCAUUCAGAUCAUUAACAGGGUUAGAGAUAAACUCACAGGUCGAGACUUCUCUCAUGAUGAAACUCUGGAUGUAGCCACACAAGUAGAGCUGCUCAUUAAGCAAGCUACUUCCCAUGAGAAUCUCUGCCAGUGCUACAUUGGAUGGUGUCCUUUCUGGUAACAGAAGAUUCUAAAGUAUCCACAGCCUUUAUUGGAGGCUUUUGCACUCCAAAUGUAUUCUUCUACAAGCUGAAAAGCUUGGACUGAAAUCCAGCUUUUGUCAAAUAUUUUGAAAUGUAAAUGAAAAGAGUUAUUGUAUAUUAAAAGUUGGUUUAAACCAAUUUAUAGCUGCUGUUAAAGAACAUGAAUUGUCCGAAACAGAAGACUUGAUUUGGGUUUCCAGAACGGUGAAGAUUCAACUAGACCAUAGAUAUAUGGUUUGUUUGGUCUUUGGGAAUUGGGGAUCCACUGAAAAUAAUGAAAUACGGGUUUGAAAUUAACUUAGUGUAACUAAACUAAAAUAAUUUGCAAAUGAAUUAUUGCCCUGGUCAAUCUUUUGGCUGCAGCUGCAGUGAACUCGUACUCACGCACGGGGGCUUGUUAGGGUUUGGGAACAAGUUGGGGUGCUGGAGAGCAAGAGACAGAAUUUUCUCUGUACCUUGCAUCAUCUCGUGUGUUCUGAAACUGCUCCCACCCAGAAAUCAAUGAGGGAUAAAGUUUGGCUGCAACUCCAGUGGUAAUGCAACAAGCAUAUUUCAUUCUAGCUUGAAUAAUAGGGGUAGAUCCAGUCAUAGUGUCUCAAGAAGGGUUGACCUGUGGCAAAAGGAAAGCAGGGUAGAAUCAAAAGACCACUUGGGAGUUUCCCACACUAGCCAACAAUAGAACAGUAUUGGGAAGUAAUUAA